AUGUGGUUUUGACAGUAUUUCACACAGCGAAGCAAAGCUCUUCUUCUUCUUUCUUCUUUCUUCCAUUUAAUUGAUUAUUCCAAUUCUUUCGAUCCAAACGCGGCCUUACGAUUUCCGAUGAUUCAAUCCGGUUCAGAUAGGGUUUGAUCGAUCGGAAAUAGAAGAAAAACUGGACGCCGUGGCAGAACCCGUAAAUAACCGUCAGAGCUGGGGGCGAUUCAGUCUCGGUCUCAGGCCGCGGCCUCUGCGCCUCCACCGGAUCGACCCGGCUCCGGACUCUGGUUCUUUCUUCGCCACCACAAUGCACCUCGCACUCACACCCUCCACUUCCUCCCGCACGCAGAAUCCGUGAGCCGCCACGCACCCGAUCAAAACCCCUCACCCGCACCCGCGCCGAUGGACAGCUCCAAUAACUCCUCCAAUUCUUCUACCCGUUCUGCCCCCGCCGUCGUCGAGGAGCCGGAGUACCUCGCCCGCUACUUGGUCAUCAAACACUCGUGGCGUGGCCGCUACAAGCGAUUUCUCUGCCUCUCGAACGUCGCCAUAACCACCUUGGACCCCGCCACGCUCUCCGUCACCAAUUCCUACGACGUCGCCACCGAUUUUGACUCCGCCUCGCCGAUCAUCAGCCGCGACGAGAACUCCAACGAGUUCAAUUUGAGUGUUCGGACGGACGGACGGGGGAAAUUCAAAGGCAUUAAGUUCUCGUCUAGGUACAGAGCGAGUAUACUGACCGAGUUGCACAGGAUUAGGAGGAAUCGGUUUGGCGCCGUCGCUGAGUUUCCGGUGCUUCAUCUCCGGCGCCGGAAUGCCGAGUGGGUCCCACUCAAAUUAAAAGUUACUUAUGUUGGGGUUGAACUUAUUGAUUUAAAAAGUGGAGACCUCCGUUGGUGCUUGGAUUUCAGAGAUUUUGAUUCACCUGCCAUUGUUUCCCUUUCUGAUGCUUAUGGAAAGAAAGGCGGAGAACAUGGAAGUUUCGUUCUUUGUCCUCUAUAUGGAAGAAAAUCUAAAGCUUUUCAAGCUGCUUCUGGAACCACGAAUUCAGUUAUCAUUGCAAGUUUGACCAAAACAGCAAAAUCUAUGGUGGGGUUGUCACUAACUGUGGACACUUCUCAGUCUCUCACUAUACCAGAGUACAUAAAGCGAAGGGCAAAAGAGGCAGUUGGAGCAGAAGAAACUCCGUGUGGAGGUUGGUCUGUGACAAGGUUGCGCUCUGCUGCUCGUGGAACUUUAAAUGUUCCAGGGUUGAGUUUGAGUGUUGGCCCAAAAGGUGGACUUGGGGAGAAUGGUGAUGCUGUAUCUCGUCAACUGAUUCUUACAAAAGUUUCUCUUGUUGAAAGACGCCCAGAGAACUAUGAAGCUGUUAUUGUUCGACCUUUAUCUGCAGUAUACGCACUUGUUCGAUUUGCUGAGGAGCCCCAAAUGUUUGCAAUUGAGUUCAAUGAUGGGUGUCCCAUCCAUGUUUAUGCAAGCACGUCUCGUGAUAGCCUACUGGCAGCAGUUCGGGAUCUAUUGCAAACAGAAGGCCAAUGUUCUGUGACUGUGUUACCAAGAUUGACAAUGCCUGGGCAUGGCAUUGAUCCACCUUGCGGGAGAGUCCAUUUACAAUUUGGACUCCAGCGGCUUGUUGCAGAUAUGGAGAGUGCAUCUAUGCAUUUGAAACACUUAGCAGCAGCUGCCAAAGAUGCAGUUUCUGAAGGUGGUUCUAUUCCUGGAUCACGAGCUAAGCUAUGGCGUAGAAUAAGAGAGUUCAAUGCAUGUAUACCAUAUAGUGGAGUUCCUCCGAACAUAGAAGUACCUGAGGUGACUUUGAUGGCUUUAAUAACUAUGCUUCCAUCUACGCCAAAUCUUCCUCCAGAGUCCCCUCCCUUACCUCCCCCUUCACCUAAAGCGGCUGCGACGGUGAUGGGCUUUAUUGCAUGCUUACGUAGAUUACUAGCUUCAAGAACUGCUGCUUCACAUGUCAUGUCUUUUCCUGCUGCUGUUGGAAGAAUAAUGGGCUUACUCAGAAAUGGUUCAGAGGGUGUAGCUGCUGAAGCAGCAGGCCUUGUCGCAGUACUUAUUGGUGGUGGUCCCGGGGAUACAAAUAUACUAACGGAUUCUAAAGGAGAGCAGCAUGCCACAAUUAUGCACACAAAGUCAGUGUUGUUUGCCAAUCAUGGUUAUGCUAUUAUACUCUCCAACAGACUUAAGCCUAUGUCUGUAUCACCAUUAUUGUCAAUGGCUAUUGUUGAGGUUCUUGAGGCUAUGAUAUGUGAACCACAUGGUGAGACAACACAAUACACAGUGUUUGUUGAACUGUUACGCCAAGUAGCUGGUUUGAAGCGUCGUUUGUUUGCAUUGUUUGGACAUCCUGCUGAAAGUGUUAGGGAAACAGUGGCUGUGAUCAUGCGUACAAUUGCAGAAGAAGAUGCAAUUGCAGCAGAGUCAAUGCGUGAUGCUGCAUUGCGCGAUGGCGCUCUACUGAGGCAUUUAUUGCAUGCGUUCUUCCUUCCUCCUGGUGAGCGACGUGAAGUUAGUCGACAGCUUGUUGCUCUUUGGGCAGAUUCUUAUCAGCCAGCUCUGGAUUUAUUGUCUAGAGUUCUGCCUCCUGGGCUUGUUGCUUAUUUGCACACACGUUCUGAUGGAACUCAAUUGGAAGAUGCGAAUCAAGAAGGAUCCUUGACCAGCAGAAGGCAGAGACGCUUACUCCACUUGAGGAAAGGUCGUGCAGGGAGAGGACCAACAUCUCAAGAGCAUUCCUUACUUAAUAUAAACAAUUCUGAAGUUGGUGAUCCCAUGACACAGACAGGUGGUGGUGCUUUUAAGGCUGAUAACAAUCAAAGGUCUGCACUGGUUUCGAGUUCUGGACGGGCUUCUACUCUUCAAUCUUCUGUUGCUCAAAGUCAAACCUGUGAAAAUUUGACGGCUGAAGUCUUUUCAGGUGUUCCACAAAAGAAUCAUUCAGCACUUGUGGCGUCAGCUGAUAUUCAGUCAACGAGCAUUCAUGAGGCAGUGGAAGCAAAUACUUCAAUCUCAACUGAUUCUGAUUCCAAUACUACUGGUUUCCAGAGCACAGGCCUCCCUGCUCCUGCUCAGGUUGUUGUCGAAAACACUCCGGUGGGAUCCGGCAGGCUACUUUGUAAUUGGCCUGAAUUCUGGCGAGCAUUUAGCCUUGAUCACAAUCGUGCAGAUUUGAUCUGGAAUGAGCGUACCCGGCAAGAGUUGAGGGAGACUUUGCAGGCUGAGGUUCAUAAGUUAGAUGUUGAGAAGGAGCGUACUGAAGAUAUUGUUCCGGGAGGUGCUAUGGUAGAGACUGCAACUGGUCAAGAUAGCGUGCCACAAAUAUCUUGGAACUACUCUGAGUUCUCUGUUAGAUAUCUAAGCUUGUCCAAAGAAGUUUGUGUGGGUCAGUAUUAUCUGCGUUUACUGCUUGAGAGUGGCAGUGUUGGCAGGGCACAAAAUUUUCCGUUGCGCGAUCCAGUUGCGUUCUUUAGAGCACUCUACCAUCGGUUCUUAUGUGAUGCAGACAUAGGACUUACCGUAGAUGGUGCUGUUCCAGAUGAAAUGGGUGCAUCUGAUGAUUGGUGUGACAUGGGAAGACUAGAUGGUUUUGGAGGUGGAGGAGGAUAUUCAGUGAGAGAGCUCUGUGCAAGAGCGAUGGCAAUUGUGUAUGAACAGCAUUACAAGACAGUAGGUCCCUUUGAGGGCACUGCUCACAUCACAGUCCUUUUGGAUAGGACAGAUGAUAGAGCUUUAAGGCACCGCCUUCUAUUGCUCUUGAAGGCGUUAAUGAAGGUUUUGUCAAAUGUGGAGGCGUGUGUUUUGGUGGGAGGAUGUGUGUUAGCUGUUGAUAUGCUAACAGUAGCUCAUGAGGCUUCUGAAAGGACAGCUAUUCCUUUGCAAUCUAAUUUGAUUGCUGCUGCUUUUAUGGAACCGCUCAAGGAAUGGAUGUUUAUUGACAAGGAAGGAGCACAGGUUGGACCUGUUGAAAAGGAUGCCAUUAGGAGAUUUUGGUCAAAGAAGGAUAUUAAUUGGACAACGAGAUGCUGGGCUUCUGGGAUGUUGGACUGGAAGAGAUUGCGGGAUAUCCGUGAACUUCGUUGGGCUUUAGCUGUUCGAGUCCCUGUUCUCACGCCAACUCAGAUUGGUGAGGCAGCAUUGUCCAUAUUACAUAGCAUGGUAUCUGCACAUUCAGAUUUAGAUGAUGCUGGAGAGAUAGUUACCCCAACUCCUAGAGUAAAAUGGAUCUUGUCAAGUCCACGCUGCCUUCCACAUAUUGCUCAGGCUAUGCUUUCUGGAGAGCCAAGUAUUGUAGAGGGUGCUGCUGCUUUACUUAAGGCCAUUGUAACUAGAAAUCCCAAGCCCAUGAUUCGACUAUACAGCACAGGGGUAUUUUAUUUUGCCCUGACAUAUCCUGGAUCUAAUCUCCUUUCAAUCUCCCAACUCUUCUCAUUGACUCAUGUUCAUCAAGCAUUUCAUGGUGGUGAAGAUGCUGCAGUUUCCUCUUCCUUGCCUCUGGCGAAACGCAGUGUAUUGGGUGGGCUUCUUCCUGCAUCUUUGUUGUAUGUAUUGGAACGUAGUGGUCCAGCUGCAUUUGCAGCUGCAAUGGUAUCGGACUCUGAUACUCCAGAGAUUAUAUGGACACACAAGAUGCGAGCGGAAAAUCUGAUUCGGCAGGUGUUGCAGCAUCUUGGUGACUUUCCUCAGAAAUUGUCUCAGCACUGCCAUUCUUUAUAUGAAUACGCUCCAAUGCCACCAGUGACAUACCCAGAGUUAAGAGAUGAAAUGUGGUGUCACCGUUAUUACCUCCGGAACUUGUGUGAUGAGAUUCGAUUUCCAAAUUGGCCAAUUGUUGAACAUGUUGAGUUCCUACAAUCAUUAUUAGUAAUGUGGCGUGAGGAGUUGACAAGACGGCCAAUGGAUCUUUCUGAAGAAGAAGCUUGCAAAAUAUUAGAGAUUUCCUUGGAAGAUGUAUCAAAUGAUGAUGCCAACACAAGGCAUUCUUUUGAGAUGGGUGAGGAGAUGCCUAGCAUAACCAAGCAGAUUGAGAACAUUGAUGAAGAAAAGCUUAAACGGCAAUAUAGGAAACUUGCCAUGAGAUACCAUCCAGACAAAAAUCCUGAAGGAAGGGAUAAGUUUCUUGCUGUACAGAAAGCUUAUGAGCGCCUGCAGGCCACUAUGCAAGGCUUGCAAGGCCCUCAGCCUUGGCGACUGUUGCUUUUAUUGAAAGGACAGUGUAUCUUGUACAGACGCUAUGGAGUCAUUCUGGAGCCAUUUAAAUAUGCUGGUUAUCCAAUGUUGCUCAAUGCAGUUACUGUGGACAAGGAUGAUAACAAUUUUCUUUCCUCAGAUAGAUCACCUCUCCUGGUUGCGGCAUCAGAGCUUAUUUGGCUGACGUGUGCAUCUUCUUCAUUGAAUGGAGAAGAGCUUGUGAGGGAUGGUGGCAUACAACUUCUUGCAAAUCUUCUUUCCCGUUGCAUUUGCGUAGUUCAGCCGAGCACUGCUGCAAGUGAACCAUCUGCCAUAAUUGUUACAAAUGUGAUGCGAACCUUUUGUGUUUUGAGUAUAUUUGAGAGUGCCUGGGCUGAGAUCCUUGAAUAUUCUGGACUAGUUGAUGACAUUGUGCAUUGCACUGAACUUGAGCUUGUACCUUCUGCUGUCGAUGCUGCUGUCCAGACUAUUGCACAUGUUUCUGUGUCCACUGAAUUGCAGGAUGCUUUGCUGAAGGCUGGUGUCUUAUGGUACCUUUUGCCCUUGCUUCUUCAGUAUGACUCCACUGCAGAGGAAUCUGAUGCAACAGAAUCACAUGGAGUUGGUGCUAGUGUACAAAUUGCCAAAAAUAUGCAUGCUGUACGUGCCUCGCAGGCACUAUCAAGGCUUAGUGGCUUGUGUAGUGAUGAGAGUACAACACUUUAUAAUCAGACUGCAGCUGCUGCCCUCAGAGCUUUGUUGACACCUAAGCUUGCCAGUAUGUUAAAAGAUCAAGCACCGAAAGACCUACUAUCUAAACUAAACAAUAACUUGGAGUCACCAGAGAUUAUCUGGAACUCCUCAACCCGAGCAGAACUACUGAAAUUUGUGGAUCAGCAACGUGCAAGUCAGGGUCCUGAUGGUUCAUAUGAUAUGAAAGAUUCACAUCUGUUUGGGUAUAAGGCACUAUCAAAAGAACUAUAUGUUGGCAAUGUUUACUUGAGGGUCUAUAACAAUCAACCAGAUUCUGAGAUCAGUGAACCAGAGGCUUUCUGUGUUGCAUUAGUUGAUUUUAUAGCAUAUCUUGUGCACAAUCAAUGUGCGACUGAUUCUGAAAUUAAGGAUGUACCAAAUCAGAAUGGCUCAUCCCUUGAGACACCUGAGGAUUCUAAUGAUACGGCUAUUGGUUCAACUGAUGAACAGAAUACUCCGGCUGAAGAUUCUGCACUAUCUAAUGGACAAGUAGUAGAUAAGGAAGAAUUUGAAGCUGCUAAGAACCUUAAAUUUGCAUUGAAUUCACUUAAGAACUUACUGACAAGCAGUCCAAAUUUGGCGUCAAUUUUUUCUACAAAAGAUAAGUUAUUGCCUCUUUUCGGAUGCUUUUCUGUGCCUGUUGCAUCAGAAAGCAACAUUCCUCAACUUUGCCUGAGUGUGUUGUCACUCUUGACUACAUAUGCUUCCUGCUUGGAGGCUAUGGUUGCCGAUGGAUCAAGCCUUCUUCUUUUAUUACAAAUGCUUCACUCAGCCCCAACUUGUCGUGAAGGGGUUCUUCAUGUUCUUUAUGCUCUGGCCAGCACACCUGAACUUGCUUGGGCAGCUGCCAAGCAUGGGGGAGUUGUCUACAUCCUUGAACUUCUUUUGCCUUUGCAGGAAGAAAUUUCCUUACAACAAAGAGCAGCAGCAGCCUCUUUGUUGGGGAAGCUUGUUGGCCAGCCAAUGCACGGGCCUAGAGUUGUUAUAACGUUAGCAAGGUUUCUUCCAGAUGGCUUGGUUUCAGUUAUUAGGGAUGGACCUGGUGAGGCUGUCGUAGUUGCCCUUGAACAGACUACUGAGACCCCUGAACUUGUAUGGACACCAGCAAUGGCUACUUCAUUGUCUGCACAGAUUUCAACUAUGGCAUCAGAUCUGUAUCGCGAACAGAUGAAAGGUCGUGUGGUUGAUUGGGAUGUACCUGAGCAGGCAUCUGGGCAGCAAGAAAUGAGAGAUGAGCCACAGGUUGGCGGAAUCUAUGUUAGAUUAUUCCUAAAAGAUCCCAAGUUUCCUCUCAGAAAUCCCAAGAGAUUCUUGGAAGGACUUCUAGAUCAGUAUUUGACAUCUAUUGCUGCCACACAUUACGAUACACUAGCUGUUGACCCUGAACUUCCUUUGCUUCUGUCUGCUGCGUUGGUUUCGUUAUUACGAGUGCACCCUGCACUUGCAGAUCAUGUUGGAUAUCUUGGAUAUGUGCCCAAACUCGUGGCUGCUGUGGCUUAUGAAGGAAGACGAGAAACAAUGGCAUCAGAGGAGGUAAACAAUGGCAAUUAUGUGGACAAAACAGAUGAAUCUGAUGACGGAUCCACACAGCCCACUCAAACUGCCCAAGAACGUGUGCGCCUUAGUUGUUUACGUGUUCUACAUCAACUGGCAGCUAGCACCACAUGUGCUGAAGCUAUGGCGGCGACUAGUGUAGGAACUCCUCAGGUCGUUCCCCUUCUAAUGAAAGCAAUAGGAUGGCAAGGUGGAAGCAUACUAGCUCUUGAGACAUUGAAGCGUGUUGUGGUUGCUGGAAACCGAGCUAGGGAUGCACUUGUUGCACAAGGACUUAAGGUUGGUCUUGUACAAGUACUUCUGGGCCUUCUUGAUUGGAGAGCUGGAGGAAGGAAUGGGCUUUGCUCUCAGAUGAAGUGGAAUGAAUCUGAAGCAUCUAUUGGCAGGGUGCUCGCGAUUGAGGUUUUGCAUGCAUUUGCAACGGAGGGGGCGCAUUGUACUAAAGUGCGUGAGUUGUUAAAUUCCUCAGAUGUUUGGAGUGCUUAUAAGGAUCAGAAACAUGAUCUUUUCCUCCCUUCAAAUGCUCAAUCCGCUGCUGCCGGAAUUGCUGGGCUAAUUGAGAGUUCAUCAUCGAGACUUGCUUAUGCCCUUACAGCUCCCUCACCACAACCUGCUCCAUCCAGACCUCCUGCUUCAACUUCAUCCGACUUAAAUGGAAGACAGGAUCACCUUUCAUAGUACCGGAAACACUGCGCAUUUACCGAAGAGUAAAGACUCAUACUUUUCUGUAUAGCACACUGUACAGUUUUAUCACCUUUUUUUUUACCGUCCACAUCUUGUUAAUCAGUAGCCUUUGCGAUUUUCCCAACGAAUGGUUGAGAAAAAUUAUGUAAAGAGGAAUUGCCCACCUGUAUAUAGAGCUGAGCUGAUUUUUGUGUGAUCUCAUCAUCUUGGGCAAUUUUCUUCCAUGUUUUAUGUUGAUUUUAUCCCCCGAUAACCUCUUGUUUCUUCGUUUUCUUCGUGUUCUUGAUUUCUUAAUAGAAAGUUUCUUCGUUUU